ACGGAGACUACACGUGAGCCAUGGGUACGCCGCUGAGGCGCAGCCGGCGGCUGGAAGGCCUAAACCCUCUGUCUCUGGAGAACCUUCCUGACCCCGAAGUCUCUCGGGCCAAACGGGCUCUUGUAGAUUUCAAGUCGAACCCAGAAGAAACAAGAGAGCUCGAGUCUCCGAGAGUUCCGCCACUGGACCUUGUGUCUCCCCAACCUCAGCCGGAGACUAGCCCCGAAUCACCCUGUCCUAAACAGGAUGCAGGCUUUGGGUCCCCACAAAGGCAACCAGAGCCUCACCCUGGGUCCCUUCAACUUCAUCAAGAUCUGGGCCUGGAUUCACCUGCAGGACAGACAGAGUCGAAUCCGGAAUCCCCGCAACGAGAGCAGUCAUCCAAAUUAUCUCCCACACAGGACUCUGAGGUAGCCCACGCUAAGGAGGAGGUGAUCCCAAGAUCUCCCGAGCCUUGCCCGGGUCAGCAAGCACCGGGUCCCGAGCCCUCCCAGCCAGCACAGGAGCUGGCAUUCCAGGCACCUAGCUCCCCAGAGCGCCAGCUGGAGCCAAGCAAGCUACCUCCGGCUGGAGAGUCAGUGACCGGAAGUCUCGACCUAAAGAAGCGAGUUAUAGCUUCUCCCCAGGCCCCAGCGUCCAAGAAACUGAAGGAGGAGCUUCCUGUAAUUCCGAAGGGGAAGCCCAAAUCCGGGCGUGUGUGGAAAGACCGCUCCAAGAAGAGGUUCUCCCAGAUGGUUCAGGACAAGCCCCUGCGUACCUCCUGGCAGAGGAAGAUGAAGGAGCGACAGGAGAGGAAGCUGGCUAAGGACUUCGCCCGGCACCUGGAGGAGGAGAAACAGAGGCGCCGGCAGGAGAAGAAAGAACGCCGAGCUGAGAACCUCAGACGCCGUCUAGAAAACGAACGCAAAGCUGAGAUUGUCCAAGUGAUCCGGAACCCUGCCAAGCUCAAGAAAGCAAAGAAGAAGCAGUUGCGCUCCAUUCAAAAGAGAGACACCCUGGCCUUGCUCCAGAAACAGCCACCCCAGAGGCCUGUAGCCAAGGUCUGAGCUCAGGACAGUCCAGGGCCUCAGCAGGCGAAGAGUCACAGCAAGCAAGCAAGGCACCUCUCAGACCACUGUCUGACACCUUUCCUGGGGCCAGCACACUAACACUGUCACAUCAAGAUGGGGACUCCAGCCCAGAGGGAACUGAAGACUGUGCUGGAACUCAGAGAUUUCACUGUCCCCAUCUCCUUUCCAAAGUGCCUUAUGAUCCUGAACUGUUGCGGGUGGUAGCAGCAGUGCACACCUUUAAUCCCAGUGCUCAGCAGACAGAGACAGGCGGAUCUCGGAGUUGGGCCAGCCUUGUCUAUAGAGUACAGGAUAGCCAGGGCUACACAGAAAUCCUAUCUCAAAAAAAACAAAAAACAAAAAAACAACAAAAGGUCUUGAACUGUGAAUUCUUGUUUCUUGGUGAGCUGGUAACUUCCUGUCUUGGGGUCCUUAGUCUAUCCACAUCGGGAGGCCUUCUAUCAGAAGGCAGUGCCUCCAUUUUUUUCAGUGACACCUUGGUCACUAGUGCAUUCUGCUGAUUUGGUCCCCUCAGUCAACUGAAGCCAGCCCUUCCUUAAUUUGGCACUGAAAGAUUGAAGUGGGUAGUUGCAGGGAGCGGAGUUUCUCUCCAGCACUCCUUUCCCACAUUGGACUGAAGAAGCCUUGGGACUUGAGCCAUGCCCACUUACUCUACCGCAGAGGUGUUUAUUGGUGUCCCCAUAAGUACAGCUCUAGGCUCCUAGAAGGACAGAAGUCCCUGGGCUUUCAUUAUCAUAAUAAACCAUUAAAACACA